CUUAUAAUUCAAGGAUCUGUGAGCCAGCAUGCUAUAAAGCACCUUUGUAAACGGUAAUUCAUCCACGACUGUGCGUUUAUCUUGUUCGGAUUCGCAAACAAGGAAGAUGAAAACUUUUGCAGCUAAGGUUGAGGAAGGAGGUGAAGGCGAGAAUGGCAAGCCAUCCUUUGGACCAGCAUACCGUAAUCUCCUAUCAAAAAAUGGCUUUCCUCCAAUGGAUCCAGAACUAUGCACUGCUUGGGAUAUUUUCAGUGUGUCAGUCAGAAAGUAUCCUCAAAACCGGAUGCUGGGAUUUCGAAAAUUUGUUGAUGGAAAGAUAGGACCAUACGUCUGGAAGACAUACAAGGAAGUUUACGAUGAAGUUCUUCAUAUUGGCUCUGCUUUGCGAGCAUCAGGGGCUGAACCCGGCUCUCGAGUUGGAGUUUACGGAUCUAAUUGCCCACAAUGGGUUGUGGCAAUGGAGGCUUGUUGCGCCCACAGUUUGGUUUGUGUGCCUCUCUACGACACACUUGGUUCUGGCGCUGUAAACUUUAUUAUAGAUCAUGCAGAAGUAGAUUUUGUUUUUGUCCAAGAUAAGAAGCUUAAAGAACUUUUGAACCCUGACUGCAAAUCGACUCAGCAACUGAAAGCCAUGGUGUGCUUCACUUCAUUGACAAAUGAAGAGAAAGACAAGGCAGCGUCCAUUGAAAUUAAGCCAUAUUCAUGGGCCGAGUUCUUGGACAUGGGAAAGGAAAACCCAUCGAGCAUUUCAGAACCUCAAGCUCAAAGCAUCUGCACAAUAAUGUACACAAGUGGGACCAGUGGAGACCCUAAGGGUGUUGUUCUAACACAUGAAAACAUAACGUCUUUUGUAAGAGGAAUGGAUCUUUUCUUGGAACAAUUUGAAGAAAAGAUGACUGAGGAAGAUGUGUAUUUAUCAUUCCUCCCCUUGGCUCAUUCCCUUGAUCGAACAAUUGAGGAAUACUUUUUCCAUAAGGGUGCUUCUGUUGGCUACUACCAUGGGGAUCUGAAGGCAUUGAGGGAUGAUUUAAUGGAGUUGAAGCCCACGCUCUUUGCUGGGGUCCCACGAGUUUUUGAAAAAGUCCACGAAGGUAUCAAGAAAGCAGUUGAAGAACUGAAUCCAGUGAGGAGAAGAGUUUUUGACUUGCUUUACAGAUACAAACUUUAUUGGAUGAACAAAGGGUACAAGCAGAAAAAUGCAUCACCUUUAGCAGAUCUAUUAGCCUUCAGGAAGGUCAAUGCUCGUCUAGGUGGGCGUAUUCGACUAAUAUUAUCAGGAGGUGCACCCUUGAGCUCUGAGGUGGAAGAAUUCUUGCGUGUUACUUCUUGUGCCUUCGUAUGUCAAGGCUAUGGAUUAACUGAAACGUGUGGAUCAGCUACUCUUUGCUAUAUUGAUGAAAUGUGCAUGAUGGGCACAGCUGGUGUCGUGAAUGUGUACAGCGAAUUGAGGUUGGAGGAAGUUCCAGAGAUGGGCUAUAGUCCUCUUGGAAGUCCUUCAUGUGGCGAAAUAUGUGUGAGAGGCAAAUCUGUUUUUGCAGGCUACCACAAAAAUCCCGAGUUGACUAGAGAAGCCUCUAAAGAUGGGUGGUUUCACACAGGGGACAUAGGAGAAAUGCUUCCUAACGGUGUCAUCAAGGUUAUUGACAGGAAGAAGAAUCUAAUAAAACUCUCUCAAGGAGAGUAUAUUGCACUUGAGUAUCUGGAAAAUGUUUAUGGAAUCACUCCCAUUGUUGAAGAUAUCUGGGUUUAUGGAAAUAGCUUCAAGUCAGCUUUGGUGGCGGUAGUGGUUCCAAAUGAAGAAAUUACAAAAAAGUGGGCAUAUUCAAAAGGUCACAUGGCUUCUUUUUCUGAACUCUGUUCCCUUGACCAGUUGAAGAAAUACGUGCUGUCCGAGCUCAAAUCUAUUGCUGAGAGAAACAAGCUGAAAGGAUUUGAACAUAUCAAAGGAGUAAUAUUAGAGCCGCGUCCAUUUGACGUGGAAAGAGACUUGGUGACAGCAACAAUGAAAAAGAGAAGAAAUAAUUUGCUUAAGUAUUACCAGGUGGAAAUAGAUGAAGCGUACCGAAGUUUGACGGGAGAUAAGCAUAAUUAAAUACUGAGGCGUCAGUUCAAAGAUAUCAGUUUGUUCCUGUUACGUAU